UUUUGCUAUAGUGCCGUUUUCAUCCUAGGAGUUAUCAGUAAUUUGUUAGUCUUAUCAAUAUAUUGGCAAAAAAGAAAAUUCAAUUCAGCAAAGCAAUAUUUUUUCUCUAAUUUAGCUAUCGCCGAUUUAUUAGUCUGCAUAUUUUGUAUGCCAGUGGCUACUAUAUUGACAUUUACUGGUAAUGACUGGAUAUUUGGUGAAUUAUUAUGCAAGCUAAUUCCUUUUAUACAAAUGUUAUCCAUUGCAGCGUCAGCCACUUCAGUUUUAGCAAUUACAUUUGAGCGAUUGUAUGCUAUCGUUUAUCCGUUAACAUUUAGUAAAAUAUUUAAUCGUAAAAGACGGAAAGUAAUGAUAUCUAUGACUUGGUUACUAUCAGGCAUCUAUGCCAUACCCAAGUUAAUUAUUUCCAAUGUACAAACACAAGGUGACUAUAGUGCAUGUCAAGCCAAUUGGACUGAUACAUCAGAUCGAGUUUAUAUUGCUUUCGGUGGUGUUACUUUGCAUGCUUUGCCAGUUUUUAUUGCAUCCUCAACUUAUAUUUAUAUGGUCUAUAAAUCAAAUAACAGCGUUCACAGUGAGCAAAAAAUAUGUGUUAAUAUGAAAUUACAUCGUAAAGCUAUGCGAACUGCAGUUACCGUAGUAAUAGUGCAAGUCAUAUCAUGGCUACCCUUUUACAUUGUAUCUAUAACAUAUUCAUCAAUCAUUUUCCCCCCGAGAAAUGCAGAUGAAACAGAAGACAAGCUAUUUUUUGUAGCUCGUUUAUUUGGCUAUGCUAAUUCCUGUUGGAAUCCACUAAUCUAUGCUAUGAAUAGUACAAACUUUCGUCUAAAAUUU